AUGAAUCCAGAUCAUAGCGACUCAGAUAGUGGCUCGAUUUUCACGGUCAAGACAAGCACCACAGCUCCGACGGAAUGGACUUCGGAAGAUGGUGCUGAAUCUCGCGAUGGAAGCGAUGUUAUGUCUGUGUUGAGUAGUUUAUACGGUGGUGACUCAACAUAUUCAUUAUCAUCCAGCGUUUUAAAUUAUCAUUUUGAAAAUGGCCGACGGUAUCACGCCUACCACGAAGGAAAAUACAUUAUGCCAAACGAUGACCAGGAACAAAAUAAGUUGAUGCUGAUGCAUCUGUGUUAUGAGCUGGUUUUUGACGGCAGGCUGCAUUUAUCGCCGAUAACGAAUCACCCACAAAAUGUUUUGGAUAUUGGUACGGGGAGAGGAGACUGGGCUAUUGAUUUUGCCGAGGCGUAUCCAUCUGGGCAUGUGAUUGGUACGGACCUCAGUCCAAUUCAACCUCUAUGGGUCCCUCCAAAUUGCAGCUUCGAAAUCGACGAUGCCGAAGACGAAUGGCUCUACAGCCAAGAAUUCGACUUGAUUCAUACCCGAACGAUAUGCGGCGCCAUCAGGGAUUGGCCACGAUUCCACAGACAGGCCUUUGAUCAUGUGAAGCCCGGUGGUUGGUUUGAGAUGCAGGAAAAUGACGCAUGGUUCCAGCGCGAUGAUGGCUCGUGUCCUGAGUGGACACAAUUGUUUUUGGAGAAAUUGGACGAAGCGAGUAUUUUGAGUGGCAGACGGCUCAAUGUUGCGCGUGACCAGAAACAGUAUAUGAUCGAUGCUGGAUUUGUGAACGUGCAUGAUGAGAUUUUCAGGCUGCCCCUGAGCCCAUGGCAUAAUGACCCACGCAUGAAAGAAAUUGGCCGAAUUCGCGGCGUGGCUAUGAACGAAGGCGUCGAAGGAUACAGUCUAGCUUUAUAUACACGAUUUCUAGGCUGGAGUCCGACCGAGAAUCAGAUGUACAUUGCUGUGCAUGUCGUAUAUGGCCAAAAACCGGAAGCACUGGGCAUAAUCUGA